AUGGUUGGCAAGAUUGGGAGAGGCAGACAUGGGGAGAAGAGUAGUCAGAAGAUGCUUACGCUGCAUAUGCGUCAUUGCAAGUCAUUGAUUCAGCAUCCACAUUUUAGAAGUCAGGUUGUGGAACUGUUAGAUGAAAGUUCAUUUCGAAAGGACGGGAAGCUCAUCGGUGUGCGUGCUGAAAUGACAACUUGUGGCGUUAUUAUCAAAUUUUCUGAGAAAAAUCGCACAGGCAAUCGCUUCAAGAAAAACAUACCAUGGGGUGACUUUCUGUCUGCAUGCUACGGCCGUUUCAAGCGAGAUACACAUAUAUCUUUAGCUUUGGACGUGUCAAGAUCUACAGCAAGAUUUAUGUCACUGAUGGUGUCCUCCGUGUAUUUAGCUCAGCAGUCUGUCUUGCUUGGGAAACUUAUUGGGCUUGCUUCAUCCAGUGCACCAUGCUUCUUUAUCAGACAUCUCAAGUGGGAUGAGACGUCCCUUUGGACGUCCGUAAAUGCUGAUCUGGAUGAGAGGAGGCGUGUGGCAUCCUCAUGGGAGGUGAUGGUCGUCCGCCAACGCAUCAUUCUUGGCUGGAUGGACGGUUCUGUGGCAAUAAUUCGACUUGCUCUCCGUUCGUGGGUGGAAGACACUUUGAUAUUUGAUCAGUGUGUGAUGGAUGUGGGCAGUGGAGCUGAGCCUCAAAAUUCGCACCACCCAGCCAUUUUGGAGUUGGUUUCGUAUCUUCGACACAACCGAAAGGUUGAGUCGCAGACUGGCGAAGGUUCUGCGGCAUUUGAGCGUGCAGUUCAUGAUUUUUUGGACAUGUUCAACAGCAACACAGAGCUGAUGACUCCUUGCCACCGCUGUUCACAUCAUUCUGUACCACAUCAUCAGCGACACUGCUUCGAUCGUUCCGAAGCUGUGAGAAAGUGCGUUGAAGCUCUGACAAACAUGUUCCUCAAUGCCAUGCCGACUGUUCCGGCACCGAAUAAGUGGACCACAUUGUAUCCAUGCUUGGAUUUCUGCUUGGCCGGAAGUAUUGUUCACGCGUGGUUGCCACAGGCGUUUCAGGCUGCUUAUGCCGACAUGGCAUUCAAAGAAUUCUCUGAAGCUGAUGCCACGGCUGAUCCUAGACUUGUCGAAAGUCUCAGUUUUCAUGCAGUGAAUGGGCGAAGACUGAAAAGCUCGAAAGAUUUUUUGGCCAACGUGGAUUCCCAAUGGAUUGUCAGGUUAUUGGCACUGGCCAUGGAACCUACCAGAGUGCUGAUUUACUAUUGGUUGUCAUGCCUUGGGGUUAGCUUUCAAUUUGGUGAACGACCUGCGUUGUUCAAACUCAUUGAUCCAAGAUGUAGCGUUGUAUGUGAAGCCUUGCAACACUACAGUGCUUUGCUCUUGAGCCAGUCUGGGACAGGCCGCUUGGAGCUACUCUGGUCAAGCAUUGACUUUGCAAAUUACAAGGACUUUUGUGCAAUUUUUCCUGAGAGAUGCAGAGCCAUCCGUCGACUGUUAAUGCUUGGGGCUGCAUGGGUGUUCAGGCGGCAUUUCGUGUACUUCAACAGCGAUCAUUUGGCAUUGAUGAUGUGUGGUGACAAGGAUUCCCAUGCAGAAACCCUCAAGACUUUCUUGGGGUUUUGGGAGCACAAGAACCAUUGCUGCUUCCCUCCCGGUCUGGCACGAGACUUUAAGCAGUUGGGGCUGCAUGCUGGUGACUUGACACAUGGAAAUUCCAAGAACUUCUUGUACGCGAUGGCAUCAACACUGCAACUGUCUAUAGCCGACGUGGAAGCAAUGCAUUCACAGAAUCGUGCACUGACUGGUGCAUCCUUUGCGAGCAUUUCUGCCAAGUUCAUCAAUGCCGAGUCCAAACGUUUGCGUGAAGAAGCAGCAGCGCUUCAGUAUGGGAAGGAUGGGUUAGGUGACACAGCAGGCAAAGUUGGCCAGAAUCAAAGGGGUGGUGGUUUGAAGGUGUCCUUCGCCAAACAAAAAAAAACCACUCCAAAAGGAUUGUCAGCUUUGGAGAUCUACCGAAAGCAUUUUCUGGAAGUGCGGGGUCGGCAUGAAACGAUCAACCCCUGUUCAAAGGAAAUUUGGGAUGAGGUGAGGGAGUCAUUUUCACAGCUUUCUCCACAUGAGAAAAAUCUGUAUGAAUCGAUGUCCGAAGACUCAAAGUGUAAGGCAAUCCAUGCUAGAGCAAAACAGAAACUGGACGCCAAGAAUGCUGCGAAGGGUAUCCAAUCUGCAGGUUCUCAGCCAGAGCCAGCAUCAACUGCUUUGGUUCCAGCCAAUGGGAAUACAAUGGUCCAGCAUUUGCAAAUUCUUCCAGCUCACGAACUCAAUGAAAUUUUGUCAGGUGACACAGAAAUGAAUUUUUAG